AUUAGUCAUAAUAAUAAUAUUUUAUUUAUACAAAGGCUUUCUUCAUGAACAAUCUCGACCGGAUCGUGAUAAUUAUGUCAAAAUUAAUUUCGAAAAUAUUCAUCCAGAUCUUGCAUUUAAUUUUGAUAAAUAUGAUAGUUCAGUAGUAAACACAGUAAAUAUAUCGUAUGAUUAUGCAUCAGUAAUGCAUUAUGAACCCGAUGCUUUUUCAUUUAAUGGUCGUCCAACAAUUGAAUCACUGCAACCCAAUGUUACAUUUGGACAACGUUUUAAUAUGAGUACUAUCGAUAUUCUAGAAGUUCGAUUAUUUUAUAAUUGUUCAUCAAGUGGUGUUACAUUUUCACCAAUGCCUACAACUACAACAGGUUGUAUAGAAUUCUUAGUUUUAGAUGUUUAG